UUCUCCAAUCCUAAUAAUGGCCUCCGAUGCCGCCUCCGCCUCGCCCGCCGAGCUCUACGACUCUGCUAUGACCGUCCCCUCCGACUCAGAGAACUACUCCGCGAACCAUGAGAUGUCCUCCUCGGUCCCAUCAACCGCAAGCUCACUCGUGAUGCUUUACAAUCCGCCUAGUGUUUGGGGUAUUCUGCGCGGAGCAGCCAUCAACCUCUUCCUCCCCUUCGUUAAUGGCCUCAUGCUCGGCUUUGGAGAGCUGUUCGCACACGAGGCUGCUUUCCGACUUGGAUGGUCUAACACUAAGAUCUUCCCUACCCACCGCCGCUCACAUGCAGUGGGCCCGGGUAUUGAGAUGCGGGAGCUUCCUUCGGAGCGGAGACGUCCUGGACUGAGGGAUACUGCUUCUUUGGAAUAAGCGAUUGAUGUUUAUUCUGCCUUUGGAUUCCGUUCCAGAAUGGCUGCAUUUACGCGGGAGACAAAAACCGAAGCAUAUGUGAUUUGGGAUCGAUACCUGGCUUUCUAUGCACACCUGAAUUUAGUGGUUGUACAUAGACUUGUUGACUCAGGGGGGUUGGCGUUUGGCGAAUUAGGAUUUAUAUUUUUGCAA